CGCGUUGCGAACGCCGGCUAAGCUGGGUCUCGCUGCUAGGUGCGCGGCGGCGGAGAGUGAGGCCUGGUGAGCACCGCUGAGGCGCGGGACAGGCUCGUCAGGGUGGUGUACAGGAGAGGCACGGAGGGCGAGCGAGCGGUUCAACUAGUGGCACCGGGAUCGGCUGCCUCGAGCCUGCUUCUUUAACAUUUGCUGUAUGGGGUGAUGGUUACCUUUGAAAACCAGGGGAGGAACAAACCAGGGGAGAAAUCAUGUCCACCCCAGGAAAAGAGAAUUUUCGCCUGAAAAGUUACAAGAAUAAAUCUUUGAAUCCUGAUGAGAUGCGCAGAAGGAGAGAGGAAGAAGGACUUCAGUUACGCAAGCAGAAAAGAGAAGAGCAGUUAUUCAAGCGAAGAAAUGUUGCUACAGCAGAAGAAGAAACAGAAGAAGAAAUUAUGUCAGAUGGAGGCUUCCAUGAGGCCCAGAUUAAUAACAUGGAGAUGGCACCAGGUAGUGUCAUUUCUUCCGAUAUGAUUGAAAUGAUAUUUUCCAAUAGCCCAGAGCAGCAGCUUUCAGCAACGCAGAAAUUCAGAAAAUUGCUUUCAAAAGAACCUAAUCCUCCUAUUGAUGAAGUCAUCAGCACACCAGGAGUAGUGGCCAGGUUUGUGGAGUUCCUCAAACGAAAAGAGAAUUGUACACUGCAGUUUGAAUCAGCUUGGGUACUGACAAAUAUUGCUUCAGGGAAUUCUCUGCAGACCCGGAUUGUGAUUCAGGCAGGAGCAGUACCCAUCUUCAUAGAGUUGCUCAGCUCGGAGUUUGAAGAUGUCCAGGAGCAGGCAGUCUGGGCUCUUGGUAACAUUGCUGGAGAUAGUACCAUGUGCAGGGAUUAUGUCUUAGACUGCAGUAUUCUUCCCCCACUGUUGCAGUUAUUUUCAAAGCAAAACCGUCUGACUAUGACCCGGAAUGCAGUAUGGGCUUUGUCUAAUCUCUGUAGAGGGAAAAGUCCACCUCCAGAAUUUGCAAAGGUUUCCCCCUGUCUGAAUGUGCUUUCCUGGUUGCUGUUUGUCAGUGACACCGAUGUGCUUGCUGAUGCUUGCUGGGCGCUCUCCUAUCUAUCAGAUGGUCCUAAUGAUAAAAUUCAAGCAGUCAUUGACGCAGGUGUCUGUAGAAGACUUGUGGAGCUGCUGAUGCAUAAUGAUUAUAAAGUGGUUUCACCUGCUUUGCGAGCUGUGGGAAACAUCGUCACAGGGGAUGAUGUUCAGACACAGGUAAUUUUGAAUUGUUCAGCUCUGCAGAGUUUAUUGCAUUUGCUAAGUAGCCCAAAGGAAUCUAUCAAAAAGGAAGCAUGUUGGACAAUAUCUAAUAUCACAGCUGGAAAUAGGGCACAGAUCCAGACUGUGAUAGAUGCCAACAUUUUCCCAGCCCUCAUUAGUAUAUUACAGACUGCUGAGUUUCGGACAAGGAAAGAGGCAGCAUGGGCCAUCACCAAUGCAACUUCUGGAGGAUCGGCUGAACAGAUCAAGUACCUAGUAGAACUGGGUUGUAUCAAGCCACUUUGUGAUCUCCUCACAGUCAUGGACUCUAAGAUUGUACAGGUUGCCCUAAAUGGCUUGGAGAAUAUCCUGAGGCUUGGAGAACAGGAAGCCAAAAGGAAUGGCACUGGCAUUAACCCUUACUGUGCUUUGAUUGAAGAAGCUUAUGGUCUGGAUAAAAUUGAGUUCCUGCAGAGUCAUGAAAACCAAGAGAUCUAUCAGAAGGCCUUUGAUCUUAUUGAGCAUUACUUUGGGACCGAGGAUGAAGACAGCAGCAUUGCUCCCCAGGUCGACCUUAGCCAGCAGCAGUACAUCUUCCAGCAGUGUGAGGCUCCUAUGGAAGGUUUCCAGCUUUGAAGCAAUAUUCUGCUUUCAUGUUCCAGUGUCAGAUCAGGCUACCCAGUCAAGUCCUCUUGUGGAGUCCACAGUCCUCAUGGAGCUAACUUCUCAAAUGUUUUCCAUAAUACUGUUUGCGCUCAUUUGCUUGCCUUGCGCACUUGCUCUCUCACACACGUCUGGAAAACCUCUGGCUCUCUGUGGUGAAUACCCUUCUAAAUAAAAGGGUAAACAGAAUGGCCCACUGUCUUAUGGAAAAUCCCUAGGCUUUGGAGAUCUGCAUUUAUAUGAGUCAUGGGAAUAUACACUUAUAUUAAUGUGGCUCCCUUUUUUGUGGGGGAAAAAAGAGGACUCCUCUUCAUUCCCUUUAAAGUAGGGAAAAAAUGCUGACAUUAAAAGAUGAGACUAAACGUUUAUCUUGAAUUUCACACAACUACUUGCAACAAGGGAGAUGUUUAGAACUGUUGGUGUACUUCAGAUUACUUUUCAUGAGUUCUUCCACAGUGAACCCUUGGAUUACCUGGUGGCAUUUUCCAGUCAAAUUUGCAUUAAUCCGUACUGAGAUUGGAUGGUUUCUUUCCUCUAUUGGCGCCAUUCUUCACAGAUAUUAAAGUUAACUACCAUCCACUCCCCCACCUUCAGCCUUCAGUGAAUGUGCUUUCUAGAUGUCAGGAAUGCUGAAGAAUUAACACUUUGACUCUUAAGUGUGAUGAUCCUGGUUUGCAGAUUCCACAGAGAAGGGAGAUGGGCACAUAUUAAUUUGUAUGGCUAUUGCUUCUCUUUGAUCUUAUGUGUUUUAGGAUUUGGAAGUGGUUCAAUUCUAAUGCUGAUAUGAAGAUUUAGAAUCUUUAGUAAUCAAAAACCAUCUCCUGUAAUUCAAUUAAAAAGUUAAAAAAACAAAAAAACAAAAACAAAAAAAACCUCUUAUCUUCCCUUAAACUCAACCAGUGUGACUAGAGGCUGUGUUGCAGCAUUAAAACAAAUGUUUCAGGCUUUGUGGUCCUGAUCAAGGACCUCAGUAAAUUGGAGCUCACCCUAGGUGCUUUUUCCCUCUGUGAAUGGCAGAUAAACACACACUUUUAAAGAUUAUGUAGGGAUUUUUUUUCCUUAAUCAAGUGCAGCUUGAUUUUAGUGUACUCCUUGCUGCAUAUAUGAUCCCUCUGAUGUAGCAUCCCUAUCUUAAACCAAUAACCAUUUUUUCAGCACAACCUGUUUAAUUCAAAUUAUGGCAAUGAUCUUUUCCUUAUAACCUCAUUGUUCCCUAAUUUUAUUUCACCUCCUCCUAGAAUUGUUCUUAUAAAAUAAGUGUCCACUCAUGUGGCUCGUUUAACGAUGACUGCAGUCUGUACCUGCAAACGGCGCUUCCAGUUCUGUGUUCGGUGAUCCACAUUUGUGCUUGGACUGGAGUGAAAAAUAAGCUUAAUUGCCAAGAGAACUGCAUAUGAGUUCAAUCCGACUUCUUGGUGCUAGUUGGCCAUCUUGACUCAAUAUUGGAACACACCAUCAAAGAAGAUUUUUUGUUGGUGUGCUGUUCAAAAUGAAUUCCUAAGGAAAAGUUGCAGAGUAUACCCUUGUAAACCUUUUCAGACUUGUACUCUUCUAGAAUUCAUUAUAACUUCAAAGUGUAAACUAUUUGGAAGUUGCCCCUGACAAGCUAUCUCUGGUAAAUCCUGCUGAAUGUUAGGAAUAUUCAGAGCUUUCAUACCUCAUCAUGAUGUUAUUUAAGCAGCCAACUUAUGUGAACUGAUUUAAACUUUAAAAAAAAAUCCACCUUAUUCAAACAAGAAAGAUUCAAAGACAAAGGACUUUUUAUCAGCCAAGAGUGUGACACAUUCUUCGCAUCUAGUCUGUAGUUGUGUCUGUGCUCUGGGAUGGAUACCGUCUGAUGUCUGUCUAUUAUUGAUGGAGCAGCCACUGCAAAAUAAUCACCUCCCAUCUGUAACUGUUACUUUUUCUAGUGCUGCUUUGUGCUGAAAGAACAUUUUAGUUUUACUGCACUUGACCUGUAAAAGACUUUGAUUCUUUGUAAUUUUAGGGAUAAAUUAGGUGGUUAAUUUAAAGAAAAACUUUCAAUGUUGCCUUUAAUUCACAUUAAAUACAACUUCUUUUGGAAGGGUAAUAGAAGCACUGAUUCAUAGUAAAAAUCUUGUUUUUAGCUUUUUCCUUUUUUGUGGCUGAUUUUUUUUCAAAUUGCAAAUUAUUGAUAUCACAUCAUUUCUGUAGGAUGCUUUAAAUUAUGUACCAUCUAUUGGCUAGAUGGAAAAUUAUCAGUUUAUUUUAUAAACCACUUUGAAUGGAAAAGAUACAAAGCACACAAAGUUGUCUCCUUAAGUUAGUAAGAGUAGUAUGUUAGGAGUUUUUGCCAGCAAUUGCAGGUGUCUCAAUGAGUUGAUUAAAGAAAUGAAAGUCCAUUUAACUGAUGUGGUCUAUUUUCUGCCUAGAACAGAAAUUUAUCUUACUCCUAUCCUAGAAGUUAGUGAUCUGUGAUAUCUAAGCUAAUUUUUUAUUUGCAAUAAAACUUUUUUUUUUUUUUAAUAAAAGAUUGGAAUGUGCUAAAAGUUAAAUCUCAGCAUAACUCAGGUAUGUUGGAACUUGUUGGUACUGAUAAAAGCAGGCUGGUAAUAGAAAUGGCUUUUUAAGAGUUAUCGGUAAAUCCUAUUUUUACUUUACUGCCUGGCAGAUUAGAUUAAUUUAGUUUCAGUUUAUUGAAUACUUUAUCACUGAAUGUAUUAACCAUUACAAAAGCAUCUUAAUUUCAAAACUGAGAAAACUCUUUUGUAGUUUUAUCUACAGUGGGGGGAAAGUGGCUUUAUUUUUCCUUUCUGUUUUUUUUCCUCCCACAAACUUUGAAAGUAUAUUCUUUGUAAUGACAACUUAGGUGGAGAAAAAACAUUGAAAACAUUUUGGAAAUAAAAGUACCUUUUAUUUUAAGCAGCUACAUAUGGUUGGAUUGAGAAAUACCAGGGGAGGUAAAGAUGAUACAUGAUGAUACAUAUGAAGAAAGGUGAGUUUUAGGGUACAGAUUUCUUCUCUGUGACACACUUUUGUUCAUGUUCUUAUCACUAAUCAGGGUCCUUUUUACCUUAGUCAGUUGUACUGCCUUUUAAAACACUAUUGCUCUACGAUUGUUUUUUCCACAUGCCAGAUAAAGUUGACUGGGCCCUGGGUCCUUUUUCCAGCAUUAGCCUUAUUGCCAGGAAAUUAAUAUUGCCAGUUGUCUCAUAAUAUAUCUGAAUUUUUCCAGUGUGCUGCUGAUCUUGCCUAAGCAAAAAAUGUAGUAUAUUUUAUAAACCAAACUUUGUCAACUAAAUCCUCUAUUAUACAUGGCCACCCACAAGCUACUUUGAAUUUAGUUCUCUAGCACUAAAUAAACAUUUCAGAUAUUUAAUUCCUCAA